CGGGUCGCGCCUGUGUGGAAGCGUCCUCGGAACGCACGCACGCACGCGCACACACACACACUCGCGCGCCUGCUCUCUCUCUCGCGUUUCCACCGCGCUGACCUGUGCGCUUCAGCUCCCUGUAACCGAAAACAAAAACAGAACAAACAAGAAAAGAAACAAAGAUAAAAUAAACGAACAAACGACGGGCUGCUCCGACUCUCUUUCUCUCUCUUACUCUUUGUCUCUCCCUUUUACCCCCCUCCUCCUUCCUUUCUCCCUCUAUCCCUCACCCUAUCUCUCUCUCUCUCUUUCUCUCUCUACUUUUCCUCGUCUCUCCGUCUCUCUCGGCUCGCUUCGUGUCUCGCGCGCCGGCUGGAGCAAACCGGAGCAGGAGCAGGUAGCUCGCGCGUGUGUGGCGCGCGACCGUGAGUGAGCUCGCUACCCUGUGUUUUUGUGUGUGUUGGACUACUAAGAGAGAGCAGAGCUGCUCGUGGCUGGAGCGAGGAAAGAGGACACACUCCUCUGGAUUUCCCGCCGAUUUACUUCCCGCGUGCUCGGUCUUCGUGGUUCUGCUGCUUUCUAUCAGGAUCUUUUAUGUGACCAAGAGCAUCGGAAAAGGGAAAUUCGGAGGAGGGGUAUUCUUUCAUUCCUCUGGUCUGGGCAGCUCAGUCAUCCCGUCGUCCUUAAACUGUCAUCCUCAGUAAUGAUCACACCCUGCUGGGGCAGGUGUAGUGUGUGUGUGAGUUAAUGUCACCAUGAAACCCACCUGAGCAGCUCCGAGGAGUCUCCACUCUGGUUCUCUGCCCUGAGAUGUAAACUGCAGAAUGAACCUUUGGCGAAGGUCUCAGGGGAGAAAAUGUUCCAUUAACUUUCACAUCUACAACCUCAAGCUCUUCAGUUGUUGGGACCAUUCCUGAGCUUAGAAAGGUUGUGACUGGACUGUAGGAGACUCCAGCACUCUUGAGUGUGCGUGUGUGUGGGUUUGUGCUGCAGCAUGUCGCCCCAAACAAUGCCACACACACCACCUACCCUUCUACUGCUGACUACACUGCUGCUGCUCACACACGCAGAGACACCACCAAAGUUUUUAAGGACGCCCAAUGACCAAACGGGCGUCCAAGGUGGCGUCGCCUCCUUCAUCUGCCAGGCCACGGGUGACCCGCGACCCAAGAUCGUGUGGAACAAGAAGGGGAAGAGAGUGAGCAACCAGAGAUUUGAGGUGAUAGAGUUUGACGACGGCUCUGGGUCUGUCCUGAGAAUCCAGCCUUUGCGAACUCCGCGGGACGAAGCCAUUUACGAAUGCGUGGCUUCCAACACUGUUGGAGAGAUUAGUGCCACCACACGCCUCACUGUUUUACGUGAGGACCAGCUGCCCGCUGGUUUUCCCACCAUAGAUAUGGGUCCCCAGCUGAAGGUAGUAGAGCGAACUCGUACAGCCACCAUGCUGUGUGCAGCCAGCGGGAACCCGGACCCGGACAUCUCCUGGUUCAAAGACUUCCUCCCUGUAAACACCACCAACAACAACGGACGAAUCAAACAGCUCCGAUCAGAGUCCUUUGGUGGUACGCCAAUAAGAGGAGCGCUGCAGAUCGAACAGAGCGAGGAGUCGGACCAGGGGAAGUACGAAUGCGUCGCAACCAAUAACGACGGCACCCGCUACUCAGCUCCGGCUAACCUAUAUGUUCGAGAGCUGCGAGAAGUUCGCCGGGUCCCUCCACGCUUCUCCAUCCCGCCCACGGAUAGCGAGAUAAUGCCAGGGGGCAGCGUGAACAUCACCUGCGUGGCUGUGGGGUCGCCCAUGCCCUACGUCAAGUGGAUGCUGGGGUCAGAGGACCUCACCCCGGAGGACGACAUGCCAAUUGGCCGAAAUGUGCUGGAGCUUACUGACGUCCGCCAGUCCGCCAACUACACCUGCGUUGCCAUGUCGACACUGGGUGUCAUCGAAGCGGUGGCGCAGAUUACGGUCAAAGCUUUGCCCAAGCCACCAGGUGUUCUAGUGGUGACGGAACGCACAGCGACGAGCAUCACCCUCACAUGGGACUCUGGGAACCCUGAGCCGGUUUCGUAUUACAUCAUCCAGCACAAGUCAAAAUACUCUGAAGACUCUUAUAAGGAAAUUGACGGUGUAGCUACCACGCGCUACAGUGUUGGAGGCUUAAGUCCAUACUCUGAUUACGAGUUCAGAGUUGUUGCAGUGAACAAUAUCGGCCGUGGUCCUGCGAGCGAGGCCAUCGAGGACAAAACGGCCGAGCAGGCGCCUAGCACCGCCCCUCGACAGGUCAGGGGUCGAAUGCUAAGUGCUACCACAGCUAUUAUCCACUGGGAAGAGCCAGAAGAAGCUAAUGGACAGAUCAUGGGCUACAGGGUCUAUUACACCAUGGAUCCGAGCCAGCACGUCAACCAGUGGGAAAAACAGAUCGUUCGCAAUGCCAACUUCCUCACUAUCCAGGGACUGACGCCCAAUAAGACCUAUUAUAUAAAAGUGUUGGCUUAUACCUCUGUAGGAGAUGGACCUCUAUCUUCAGACCUGCAGAUCAUAGCCAAGACUGGAGUGCCGUCCCAACCGAUGGACUUCAAAGCUGAAGCCAAAUCUGAGACCAGCAUCCUGCUGUCAUGGGUCGCUCCUCCACAGAGUGGACAGGACAAUCAAAUCACCGGAUAUGAGCUGCUUUACAAAAGAAAAGAUGAGAAGGAGGAGAAACGGGUUAGCUUCGAGUCCACCACCACCUACCUGCUGAAAGACCUGAGGCCUUUCACCACCUACAGCUUCCAGCUGGCUGCCCGUAGCAGGCACGGAAUCGGCGCUUACACCAACGAGAUCUCAGCCGAAACUCCGCAGACACAGCCCUCAGCUCCGCCUCAGGAGGUCACAUGCUCUAGCCCAAGUUCCACCAACAUUCUGGUAAGUUGGAAGCCGCCGCCUGUGGAGCUCCAAAACGGGAUCAUAAUCAAAUACACGAUUCAGUACGCUGCCACAGAAGGAGAGGACACGACAACGCGGGAAAUUUCAGAAAUUCCUCCGGAAAAUGUCCAGUACCUGUUGGAAAACUUGGAAAAAUGGACUGAAUACCGCGUGACUGUGACAGCCCACACGGACGUUGGACCAGGGCCUGAAAGCUUACCACAACUCAUCCGAACAGAGGAGGAUGUGCCCAGUGGCCCACCUCGCAAAGUCGAGGUGGAGGCUGUCAACUCCUCAUCUGUUAAAGUGCUGUGGCGGUCGCCGGUGCCCAACAGACAACACGGGCAAAUUCGCGGCUACCAGGUGCAUUAUGUCAGGAUGUUUAAUGGGGAACCGGUGGGCCAUCCUGUCAUCAAGGACAUCCUGAUUGAUGAUGCUCAGUGGGAGUAUGAUGAUUCGACUGAAUAUGAAAUGGUCCUGACAGACUUGCAGGCAGAAACCACAUACUCAGUUACAGUGGCUGCCUACACCACAAAGGGUGACGGAGCUCGCAGUAAACCGAAGCUGGUCACCACCAUGGGCGCAGUCCCAGAGAAACCUCGCCUGAUGGUCAGUCCCACCAACAUGGGCACAGCCUUGCUGCAGUGGCACCCACCCCCGAACACUCACGGCCCCCUCCAGGGCUACCGGUUACGCUUCGGACGCAAAGACGUGGAGCCUCUGACGGUCAUAGAAUUCCCUGAGCGUGAGAAUCACUACACUACCAAAGAAAUCCACAAGGGGGCGUCCUACACUUUCCGCCUUUCCGCUCGCAACAAGGUGGGCUUUGGUGAGGAAACGGUUAAGGAGAUAUCCACCUCCGAGGACACGCCCUCUGGCUUCCCCCAAAGCAUCGUGGCCGAAAGCGCCACCACCACUACCAUUCAGGUCAGCUGGCAACCUGUGCUGCUUGCGGAACGCAACGGCAUCAUUAUCAAGUACGCCCUUCAGUACAAAGACAUCAACAGCCCUCGGAGUCCCUCUGAACUCUUCAUCGCUGCCCCCGAGUCCACAGUAAUCCUGGACGGCCUUAAAGCAGACACUACAUACGAUAUCAAAAUGUGUGCCUUCACCAGCAAGGGUCCCGGGCCUUAUAGCCCAAGCAUCCAGUUCAGAACACAACCUCUGGAUCAAGCAGUGUUUGCAAAAAAUUUUCACGUGAAAGCUGCCAUGAAGACCUCAGUGCUGCUAACCUGGGAGAUUCCCGACAACUACAACCCUGCUCAACCAUUUACUAUUCUGUACGAUAAUGGACAAAGUGUGGAAGUGGAUGGAAAACUCACCCAGAAGCUGAUCACCAACCUGCAGCCGGAGACGCAGUACUCCUUCCUCCUCACCAACCGUGGAAACAGCGCCGGCGGUUUACAGCACCGGGUUUCAACCAUGACUGCCCCAGACAUCCUGCGCACCAAACCCUACCUGAUCGGCAAGACCAACUCUGACGGCAUGGUCACAGUGCAGCUGCCCUCUGUGCAGACCUCAGAGAAAGUCAGGGGAUACUACAUUGUGGUGGUCCCUUUGAAGAAACAGCGCACAGGGAAGUUUGCCAAACCCUGGGACAGUCCGGAUGAGAUGAAUCUAGAAGAGCUCCUGAAAGAGAUCAACCGGACCAGCGGCAUCUUGCGCUUCCGGAGACAGGUCGAGCCCAAGCCCUACAUCGCUGCCUAUUUCAAAGAGCUGCCCACCGAGUUCACUCUGGGAGACUCCAAGAUGUACGGAGACUUCGAGAACAAGCAGCUCCUGAACGGACACGAGUACAUCUUCUUCGUUCUAGCCGUGCUAGAGAUCUCCGAAAACACGAUGUACGCAACAAGUCCAUACUCUGACCCGGUCGUGUCGGCCGACAUCGACCCCCAGCCCAUCAUAGAUGAAGAGGAAGGGCUCAUCUGGGUGGUGGGCCCUGUCCUGGCUGUGGUCUUCAUCAUCUGUAUAGUCAUCGCCAUCCUCCUGUACAAGAGCAAACCAGACAGGAAACGAGCCGAGUCCGAGGCAAGGAAAGGCAGUCUGCCCAACAACAAAGAGAUGCCUUCCCAUCAUCCCACUGAUCCAGUGGAGCUGCGAAGGCUCAACUUCCAAACUCCUGGUCCUGGAGCCUCCGGUUACCCCAGUAACCUCCAUCUGUCAAGUAUGGCCAGCCACCCACCCAUCCCCAUCAUGGACCUAGCUGACCAUUUGGAGAGACUCAAAGCUAACGACAACCUGAAGUUCUCGCAGGAAUAUGAGUCUAUUGAUCCAGGCCAGCAGUUUACAUGGGAACACUCCAACCUGGAAGUGAACAAAGCCAAGAACCGAUAUGCCAACGUCAUCGCUUACGACCACUCACGAGUGCUGCUGUCUGCUAUUGAUGGCAUUCCUGGCAGCGACUACAUCAACGCUAACUACAUUGACGGCUACCGCAAGCAAAAUGCAUACAUAGCGACACAGGGCUCACUUCCUGAGACUUUUGGGGAUUUCUGGAGGAUGGUGUGGGAACAGCGGAGUGCCAACAUCGUCAUGAUGACCAAACUGGAGGAACGCUCCAGGGUAAAGUGUGAUCAGUACUGGCCCACCAGAGGAACAGAAACAUACGGGCUGAUUCAGGUGACGCUAUUGGACACAGUGGAGCUGGCUACAUACUGUGUCAGGACGUUUGCACUUUAUAAAAAUGGCUCCAGUGAAAAAAGAGAGGUGAGGCAGUUCCAGUUCACUGCCUGGCCUGAUCACGGGGUCCCUGAGCACCCCACACCAUUUCUGGCCUUUCUACGACGGGUCAAAGCCUGCAAUCCACCAGACGCCGGACCCAUGGUGGUCCACUGCAGUGCUGGCGUGGGCAGGACUGGUUGCUUCAUCGUGAUUGACGCCAUGCUGGAGCGAAUCAAGCACGAAAAAACGGUGGACAUCUACGGCCAUGUGACGCUAAUGCGCGCUCAGAGGAACUACAUGGUCCAGACAGAGGAUCAGUACGUCUUCAUCCAUGACGCCCUGUUGGAGGCCGUCACCUGUGGCAACACGGAGGUCCCCGCCCGCAACCUUUACGCCUACAUCCAGAAACUCACACAGAUCGAGACGGGAGAGAACGUCACGGGCAUGGAGCUCGAAUUUAAGCGCUUGGCCAACACAAAAGCCCACACCUCACGCUUCAUCAGUGCCAACCUCCCCUGCAACAAGUUCAAGAACCGCCUGGUGAACAUCAUGCCCUACGAGUCCACACGUGUGUGUCUUCAGCCAAUCAGAGGAGUGGAGGGAUCUGACUACAUCAACGCCAGCUUCAUAGACGGGUACAGGCAACAGAAAGCUUACAUCGCCACACAGGGACCUCUAGCAGAGACCACAGAAGAUUUCUGGAGAAUGCUAUGGGAGCACAACUCUACCAUUGUGGUGAUGCUGACCAAGCUCAGAGAAAUGGGCAGGGAAAAAUGCCACCAGUACUGGCCCGCAGAACGGUCAGCCCGGUACCAGUAUUUUGUGGUGGACCCAAUGGCGGAAUACAACAUGCCUCAAUACAUCCUGCGGGAGUUCAAAGUCACAGAUGCCAGGGAUGGUCAGUCUCGGACGGUCAGACAGUUUCAAUUCACUGACUGGCCAGAACAGGGAGUGCCCAAGUCAGGAGAGGGGUUCAUCGACUUUAUCGGACAGGUGCACAAAACGAAAGAGCAAUUUGGCCAGGAUGGGCCCAUCUCAGUACAUUGCAGUGCGGGUGUUGGUAGAACCGGUGUGUUUAUCACUCUCAGUAUUGUAUUGGAGAGGAUGCGCUACGAGGGAGUGGUAGAUAUUUUCCAGACGGUGAAGAUGCUGAGGACGCAGCGACCGGCCAUGGUCCAAACAGAGGAUCAGUACCAGUUCUGCUACCGAGCCGGCUUGGAGUAUCUUGGGAGUUUUGAUCACUAUGCAACGUAAAAAGUCCUUUUUCCCCAAUGAGGAACGUGGAAGGCCCUUGGACAUCCAGAGGUCAUUUCUUCUGAGCCAUAAAAAUUCCUGCUUGUGAAAGUACUUCUAAAACUCCUAGUCCAAGACUUACUUGUUGGGUGUGAAAAACAAAUUGGGGGGGUAAAAAAAAAAUAAAACAAAAAGCAUCAACGUGGAAACAAAAAAAACAAAGAGACGAAAUUCCAGGUGGACCAAGAAAAGAAAACACCUCUCCCCGAAACCCUGCCCUUCCCCCUAAAAAUCUGAUAAAUCCUCAUCCCGACAAAGCGGACACGUAUAUCCGGACUGCUGGAGCAUCGUGUGGAAUUUACUGUUUCUUCUCUUGCUUCGAGGAUUCGUCUCGGAUUCACGAACUCGAAAAAUAAAAGAUUAUAAUGAAAAAAUAAACUAUGAAAACGAACACAUACUGCAUCAAACGAACAGAGACGUCACGAGAAGCGGAGGAGGCCCUCAGAGUGGCCCGAGAGAAGAUGCACAUUGUAAAGAGAGAUUUUUUUUGUUUGUUUUACGUUCAACAAGCGAACACAACAAGGCGACAUCUCAUCGAUGGAUGACACCUCAUUAACUUUCGGUGAAAUCUAGGGAAAAAAAUUAGUAAAAAUACAAAAAAAAAAAAAGAACGAAAAAAUCUGCAUAAAAGAACAAUGGACGCAUAUAAUAAUAGUAAUAAUAAUACCCCUAUCUUGUCACAAUGUUCGUCCUUCAGUUAGGGGUAAUGGGAGGGGGAAUGUACAAAUAAAAGACGAAUAUAAAAAAGUUAUUGAUUUAGUUUUUUAGUACUUUAUUAUUCAACCGAGCUGUAAUUCAUUUUAAACUAUGUGAAUUUAUUUUCUCUUUUUUUUUAACAAAGUGACUUUCAACAAUGUUAGUCGAACCCAAGUAUUAACUUUAGAAAUUCACUUCUUUUUUUUCCCCAUUCUUCUAUUUUUUUUACACUGUAGAGCUGUGCGAAUUCUCGUUUUCUGUCUUUUAUUUCUCUCAUUUUUUUUUUUUGGGUUGGGUCAUAUAAUGGCACUUGGUGUGGUCCUGUAUUAACUCUUACCAAAUUUGAACUUUGAUACAGGGUCAAAUGACUUUUAUUUUGUUUUUGUUUGUUUUUUAAAUGUCCAUGGUCACAUACACAACUAUAAACAGUCUAUAUUACGGGGACUCCGUGGAAUCAAAAGGGGAGGCACAGUAUGAAGUUGCUGCUACAGAAUAUCUUAGUUCUUCCAUGUUACAGUGAUUUUAAGCCUCCGAAAUGAAAGAGUUAAAAAAUAUAUAUAUGGUAGAAUAUAAAUAUAUAAUGUGUGCGUAUGCGUGUGUGUAUGUGUGUGUGUGUAUAUAUAUAUAUAUAUAUAUAUAUAUAUAUAUAUAUAUAUAUAUAUAUACAUACAUACAUACACACGUACAAUGUCAAAAUAUUUAUGAAUUAAUAAAUUGUACAGAUUAAAUAUAUACAUAUAUAAUUUCUAUGAAUAUAUAAAUAACUAUAUAUAUAUAUAUAUAUAUAUAGCAGAGAGAUGAAAUGAUAUAUGAAAGCUUCCACAAUGAGAUUUCUGUACUUUUUUGGAGGGAAAUGAAGAGAUUUUUCACUGGAAUGCACAUCGGUAGGUUGAAAUAAAUCGUACUUCAAUUCAAUGCAUCUUUUCUUGUGCAAUAAAUAGGUGUAUUAUAGCUUCGGGUGGGGUUGGGGUAGGGUAAUAUAUGGGGGAAAAACUUUAUAACUCAUGGCAUUGUUGUUUGAUGGCGGAGCGAAGUGUCGCCGGCAGUAUUUAGCUAGCUCUAGCUCUAGGUCCGAGGUCAUGUAGUGGCAUAGUCAUCGUCUCAUUGUGUAGGGCAAGGUACAAAGACAUCUAUCUCGUUCUCUAAAAGGCUUUUGAAGCGGCAUAAUAUUUACAUUUUCAUUUUUUUGCAUUUAGAGUGCCUUAUAUUUAUGCCUGUUCUUUUUUAUAACGUUCAUUUAACGUAACACGUACUGUUUCAGUAGUCCAAGUAUUUAUCUAUGUACCAUUCAUUGUACCACGCAUAUUAAUUUACAUUUUCAUUAUAUGAAAUUAUAUAUGCAAUUAAGUAAAAAGUACAUUGUUCCUGUUUUAUUUUCUGAUGCCUUACUGUGGCUCAGCGAGAAAGGAAGAAAAAUAAAUGAAAAGGUGAAUUAAGCAAGCCAAUUAACGGGAAAAAACACCACAUGCUACGUUAUACUACAGUAGCUCUACUAAAGUAGCUAUACAACAACAGCCAUAAUAAAGUAGCUAUACUACAGUAGCUCUACUUAUGGCAAUCAGAAAUCACAUGCGUUAAAAUCUAAAUGUAAGGUAUGAGGACAUUACCAAGUAAUGUCCUCACUACAAAGGACAAACAUUUUCAAUGAGCUUCACAUAUUAAAGAUUAAACUGCAGUGGUAGUAAUUGUUUCGGACAGUUUUUUUUUGUUUUGUUUUCUGCAAGACGUAAUUUCCAGUCUCGGGACAGCCUCCUGGAGAAAGGAGCGCACACAGAAUGUGGACUCACAAAACUGAAAGGGAACUCACCGAGCCUUACAUUACAAACAUGUACACAUUCAUUUGUAAACUCGGGAAAAAGUCACGGUAAAAAAAAAAAAAAAAAAUCAUAGCUAAGACGACAACUUUUGAAAAUGCGAAGGAUGCGGUUCAGCUAGAGCAGACUAGCAUUGUUAAUCUCGACAAUCUCGUAACGUACCAAGUGACCGGGCCUGUUACCGUGCAGGCGAUCGCAUUCCUUUACGCAUCAGAAGUUAAGUUACGACGUGAUAACAUUUGAUUGAACCUUUUCUUUUUCGGCUCCUGCUUACGUAAUUUUUUAUUAUUUUAUUUUUAAAUCUGUGGCUUUGUGGAUGUGCAUUCCAGGUGCUUUCUUUCCCUUUUUCUUAUUUCGAACAGGUUCAUCAUUUUAUGGUGGGUUUGCUGUAUUUUUUGUGUUCUUUAUUUGUAUGUUUCUCAUCCUUGUUACAAAGUUUAAGCUAUGAAGUGCUAUUAUUUAGCUUCAUCGAACAUGUCAGUGCCACCUAGUGUAUGUACUUUGUUCAGCGUGCGGUAAAAUGGUCUGUCGAUUCAUUUUUUUUUUUUCCCAGUUCAUUUUUAGUCUUUUUUUUUUUUCCUUCAUUCUCAACCUUGUUUCAAUAUGCAUGGAAAGCAUUGCAGAGGGCCAAUGGAGGCCUAGUAGGAAGAAUUGCACUUUCUAUAUCUUUGUACUAUGCACUGCCCUAUUGAUUCUAUACCCAAUAACGUAUUACUUGAAAGCAUCUGUUAGAAUCUCCAACAUUCACUCUGUGUGUAUGUAAAUAACACAAACUGGGGGAAAAAUAAGGUAUCAAAUUUAAAAACGAAAAGACAAAAAAAAAAAAACGCGUUUGUGGCAAAAAGAGCAUCCUUUCUGGUGCCAUGGAAUCUCCAGCAGGUGACUUAAGAUUUUUUCUUUUCUUUUAGUUUUUUUUCCCCGUUUUUCAUCCCCUCCAUCAGUUUCGUGGCUUUGCCAUUCAAGACUGGAGUAUCAUAACAGAAAUCAACGUGGUGUUCUCUGCUCUCUCUCUCUCUAUCUAUCUCACGUCUGGAUGCAUAGACUGAAAUUAAUUAAUUCAAUUGUAAAGAGGAAAAAAUGGCUUGUUAAAAAGAAUCAUAAAAAUUACCUCUGAUUAGUUGUAAGUGUAAACUGUUUUUAUUUUCUGUUCGUUUUCUGUUUUUAUUUUUUUUCUCUCUUUGAAUGAAUGGAGUGCUUUUUAUUUUCUUACUUAGGUUACAUUGGUGGCGGAAGACGUCUAUAUGACGAGCAGAUCUUUGCUGACACAAGUUCCAUUUGUUAUAAAUGAAUUCUAUUAAAAAAUUUAAGUGUUAUGAA